AUGAUUUUCUCUGCACGUCGAGCCCCUUUUCUGCUGGAAUUCCUUCCCACCUCCCUGUCCCCUCGCUUGCAGAGCUCGGGGAACUGCAAGACCUUCUCGGAGGCCGAGGGGAUGGCGGAGCUGGUGAGUCCCCCCUGGGCGGACGAGCUGGGCCCCAAAGCCGAGCCGAGGGAGGAGGAGGGGGCCGGAGCCUUCGCGCCGGGGCCGGGCCUGAACCAGGAGCGCGACAGCGCCGAGGAGGAGGAGGAGGAGGAGGAGGAGGAGGAGGAGGAGGAGGAGGACGGCGGCGGCGAGAAGCCCAAGAGGAGGGGCCCCAAGAAGAAGAAGAUGACGAAGGCGCGGCUGGAGCGGUUCCGGGCGCGGCGGGUGAAGGCGAACGCCCGCGAGCGCACGAGGAUGCACGGCCUGAACGACGCCCUGGACAACCUGCGCAGGGUCAUGCCCUGCUACUCCAAGACCCAGAAACUGUCCAAGAUCGAGACGCUGCGGCUCGCCCGCAACUACAUCUGGGCCCUGUCCGAGGUGCUGGAGACGGGGCAGACGCCGGAGGGCAAGAGCUUCGUGGAGAUGCUCUGCAAGGGGCUGUCGCAGCCCACCAGCAACCUGGUGGUCGGGUGCCUGCAGCUGGGCCCGCAGCCGCUCUUCCUGGAGAAGCACGAGGAGAAGUCCCCGGCCUGCGAGGCGGCCCUGAGCGGCCACCCCUUCAGCUACCAGUCGCCGGGGCUGCCCAGCCCCCCCUACGGCUCCCUGGAGACCCACGUGCUGCACCUCAAGCCCCCCCCGGCCUUCAAGGGCCUGGUGGACGCUCCGUUCGGGGCUCACCCCCCCGACUGCUCCACCCCGCCCUACGAGGGGCCCCUGACGCCGCCCCUGAGCAUCAGCGGCAACUUCUCCCUGAAGCAGGACGGGUCCCCGGAGCUGGAGAAACCCUACGGCUUCGUGACCCACUACCCCGGGGUGGGCCUGGCCGGGGCCCACGGGCACGGCCCCCCCUUCCAGCGCUACGAGAUCCCGCUGGACGUGAGCUACGAGCCCUUCGCGCCCCACGUGGCCGGGCCCCAGCUCAGCACCAUCUUCAACGAGUGA